AUGAGCUACUUCAACCCGGCCCCAGGCUCCAACCCGCUCACAUUUCCCUCCUACAACCAACAAAACGUGCCUCAACGUGGCCUUUCAGGUCUUGUACCGAAUCAGCUCCAGCAGUACCAAAGGCAGCGACUUCCUCCGCACUUGCAGAAUACAAACCCCGGGUCCAACAACUCUGGUGUCAACACCAACAAUCCAGCCAAUAACAAUAAUAACAACAACAGCAGCAACAAUAACAAUAAUAUUAAUAGCGGCAACAAUGUCAACGCUGGUAAUAGCACCACGAACAACAGCGCUGUCAACAGCAACAACGGCAGCAAUAACAACAAUAAUAAUGCCAAUAUGAUGAAUAAUGCCAAUAAUAUCAAUAACAGCGCAGGAAACAACAACGGCGGCAACAACAACGGCAGUAAUGCUGGAAAUGGCCCAGGGAAUAAUCCCGGCAACAACACAUCGGGAAGCAGUGUCCAGGCAGGCCAGGCGCUGCAGUCAAACCAAGACGACAAAGGUGAUAACACGCACAAGCGCGAGCGAAAAAACCGACCGGGCCAAAAGUUUGGUGCGAAAAAAAAGCUGUGGGUGUGGACGUGGUUUGUUCAGGACCUGAGAGACCCAAACGUAGCAGUAUGCGACUACUGCGGUAAAAUCAUCACUCGGAUGCCCUCGGACAAGGGCUCCCCAAAAAAAUUGAGCGAGCACUUGAAAACGCACAAGCUCACCAAAGAGCUGCUCAAUACUGCGCGCGCGCUACCAAUGGAUAAUACCAUGGCCUACGGCGGCGGACUCCAGAUGCCGUAUUCGGGAUAUCCGGCACCCAUGGGAAUGGAAGAGAGUGACGACGAACCGAAGAAGAAAUACCGCCGGCUUGCGGGCAACAUGAACAACAUGGCGAACUUGGGAGCGGGGCAUGCCAAUGCCAAUGGUGCAAAUGGGGCCGGCAUGGGCGGCGGCAAUGCGGGUCUCGCGGCAGGAAACGGCAAUCUUGGUGGAGGUGGCGGCAACAUUGGCGCAGGUGGCGCGAGCGGCCCGGGUCUUGGCCCAAAUAUUGUCAAUCUCGGUGCAGGCGGCGCACCAAACAUCGCACAGAAUGCUGAUUACGGGCGCCGUUUUAUACUGCCACAUUUCGACAAUGCUCCAUAUCUGGCAUCCAAGUUUCACCGGCACUUGCUCAAGUUUUUAGCAGACAAUAAGUUGUCCAUUCGGUUGCUCAAGCUGCACUCGUUCCAGCAGCUAAUCUACGACUUGCGUCCAGACUCCAUCACGGACUUGUUGGAGCUCACUGGGUUGUACCUGUCUUUCGUGGAGGUCUCGCGUGCUGACAACAGCCAUGAAGCUGAUGCCUCAUUGGCCGAGGCUAGUGUGGUGAGCACAUUAGCGCAGGAACUCAUAAAAAAAUAA